CACGGUUGCGCGAUCACGUGGUCUGUACACGAUUCUUCCAUUUCACUUUAUUCCCAACUUUACAAAAGUCCUGUUGAUACAGAAGUUGUGAUCGCUUUUUAGUCUUGUUGUCAUGUCUUUCUGUUCAUUCUCUGGAGGGGAGAUUUUUAAGGAUUAUUUCGAAACUGGCAUAUAUGUUUGUGCAGAAUGUGGAUACGAGCUGUUUUCUAGCAAGUCUAAAUAUGAGCAUUCAUCACCGUGGCCAGCCUUCACAGAAACUAUCCAUGAGAACAGUGUGUCCAAACACGAGGAGAGAUGGGGCGCUUAUAAGGUUAACUGUGGUAAAUGUGGAAACGGACUUGGUCACGAGUUUGUAAAUGAUGGACCCAAACGCGGUCUCUCACGCUUUUGAAUAUUCAGCAGCUCUCUGAAGUUCAUUCCUAAAGUUAAGAAUGAUCAACAGUAGAGCAGAUAUUGGAAGAAAGCAUGAGAAUGGAGAAGCUCUGACGUGUUUACAGUGUGGAUGUCAAAUGAAACGCUCUGAUAAAAGCCCACUGAGGGAUGUUCAGAGUGACGAUGUGUAAACAGCCUCAUGGAAAACAUGGAUAAACCUUCUCGCACUAAUUCUUUUACAGCUACAAAUAAAAUAUUUGAAACUA